AUGUCUCUUCUCAAGCCCUCGGCUCUGCGGUUUUAUCCAUUCAUGUACGUAUUCAAAGGAAGACCUACCGGCAUCAUCUGGCUGUCUUUCUCCCCAUUCCCUGCCCCCGGUCUCUUGCGAGACUGGCAAAAUACACCAAGUUGGCUAAUAUAUCGAGCAGUUUGCCAGCAAAUUCAUCUUCAUCCGGCACUGAGCACAUCCACAAGGGCACUACUUAGGCACUGGGCAACUUGGCUUUCCUGCACGUUUGGAUGCGCUACCGUGUCAUACAUCAUUGCGAGUGCCGUUCCCUCUUUUGGAAGCCUCGCAUCCCUUAAUGGCGCCUUUUUUGGCACUCUUCUCUGUUUUCACCCGAUGGCUUGCAUGUGGCUGUAUGAUAAUUGGAGUGCUGGAAAGCAAGAUCGGCCCCGAUGGUGGAUGGUCCAGGUGUGCUUGAGUGGUUUCGUCAUCGUUGCUGGCACCAUCAUCUUGGCUGGAGGCACGUACGGUUCUGUUUUGAGUAUUAAGGAGGUUUCUGGGGCGUCUGUGGGCUAUGGUGCUUUCUCUUGUGCCGAUAACUCUCACUCUUGA